CCCCAAUACUGGUUCUCGACCAACCGCGGCCUACUUUGCCUCGCGUGUCAUGGCGGUGAUACCAACAGCUCGCUCUGAACUGAUCCUAGAGAAGACCCGUCUAGGGAAACACCCUCGCGAGCAUUGGCCCUUACGGCGAUCCGUUGCCAACUGCGGUGGUUGUUGGGAGAAAGAAAAUAUGGCGUCUGGGCCCAGCAAGACGGAGAUUCAGACGCUUUUCAAGCGGCUGCGGGCUGCACCGCCGAACAAGGCCUGUUUUGACUGUGGUGCAAAGAAUCCGAGUUGGGCCAGUGUCACCUAUGGAGUAUUUCUUUGUAUCGAUUGUUCCGGAGUCCACCGAUCGCUGGGUGUGCACCUCAGUUUCAUCCGGUCUACAGAACUUGAUUCCAACUGGAGCUGGUUCCAGCUGAGAUGUAUGCAAGUGGGUAGCAAUGCCAAUGCGAUCGCCUUUUUCCGUCAGUAUGGCUGUACCACCACAGACGCCAGUGCUAAGUAUAAUAGCCGUGCAGCUCAAAUGUACCGGGAGAAGAUCCGGCAGCUGGCAAGUGCUGCCAUGGCCAAGUAUGGGAACGAUCUCCUGAUUGAUGGGCUGAGUGGAACUCCAGGUCACUCUCCAGAAAAGAGUGAUGCUGACUUCUUCCUGGAACACACACAGGCAAGUAAUAUCUGGGAUGCCGCUGAGAUGGGCCAGAGUAUGGCUGUGGCUUCACUAGAGAUGGACAAAGCAGCAAAGCCAUCUGAAAACAGCGAGGUUUCACAACCUGACCAGGGUCCUUCUAUUGACUCACUGUGCACAUCUCCCAAAGGCUCUUUUGACGCAUCCAUGUGUCUGUCUCCGCAAGGGUCUGCUGCUGCCAGAGAAAUCAAACCUUCUCUCAUUGGAAAAAAGAAGCCAGGUGCUACAAAGAAAGGGAUGGGAGCCAAAAAGGGUCUUGGAGCUCAAAAAGUGAGCAGCCAGAGUUUCACUGAAAUUGAACGGCAGGCCCAGGUGGCUGAAAAGCUGAGGGAGCAGCAAGCUGCAGAGUACAGGAAGCAAGCAGAAGAGUCUAUAGUGGCCUCGAUGAGACUUGCCUACCAAGAACUGCAGAUUGAUCGGAAGAAGGAAGAGAAGAAGCUUCAGAAUCUGGAGGGAAAGAAGCGUGAACAGGCUGAGAGGCUGGGCAUGGGCUUGGUGUCCAGAAGUUCCAUCUCACACUCUGUCCUCUCUGAGAUGCAAGUGAUUGAACAAGAAACACCAGUAACUGCAAAGUCCUCUCGGUCUCAGCUGGAUAUGUUUGAAGAUACCGGAAGUUUCACAUCUGGACCACCCAAGUACAAAGAUAAUCCUUUCUCUCUAGGAGAUGCUUUUGGCUCACAGUGGGAAACUGACAAUUCUUCCUGGGGGAUUGACAAAGAGGAGGAGGCAGAUAUCACUAUCUCCAGUAUCCGGCCUAUUGGUGACAGACCCACCAACAGAAGAGAGACAGAGAACAAGGUCUCAGUAGUGGAGUCCAAUGAAGCUCGACAGAAGUUUGCAGGAGCUAAAGCCAUCUCAUCUGACAUGUUCUUUGGCCGGGAAGCUGAUGCUGAGUACGAGGCCAGAUCUCGACUCCAGCAACUUUCGGGCAGCAAUGCCAUCAGUUCUGCUGACCUUUUUGGAGAGUCUGAGACAGUGAACUCUGGUGGUGUAUCAAUUGGAAAUGUAUUGCCUGCUGCUGAUAUUGCCCAGUUCAAGCAAGGGGUGAAGUCUGUGGCUGGCAAAAUGGCCGUUCUGGCCAAUGGUGUGAUGAACUCCCUCCAGGAUCGCUAUGGCUCAUAUUGAUGAUUCAAGGGAGUGCAUACCUCGUGACCAUCAGUGAAACAUCACUUACACUUGAAUCCACCUGGAAAACCUCUACAGGAUUACUUUUUGACUGAGCAUGGCUGGGGGCUGCUUGAGAAGAGGAGAAAUGGACCUGGCACUAGUUCAAAACUUCUCUGGACAUUGUUUUGUAUUGGAAACAAGUAUUCCUUUGAAACCCUGCGAAUGGAGCAUGGGCCUUCCAGAGAACAUCCCUCUGCUGCUAUGCACUGACAGGAGUUGCAGAUAGGCCACUGUGGUGUUGUUCUUUUUGGUGUUAUCUGACUCUGUGACUGCUGUUGAUGGAACUAAUAUUGUGGAGGCAGGAAGUACUGUUCAGUGCUUUGCACAUUUCUUCACCUGGGGAAAUUGCAGUAAACGGUGCAGUGGUGGGGCAUCCCUAGUGUCCAGACCAUCUUCUAGAACAGAGGGAAAUUCCUAGUUCUACAUACUGGACUUCUUACUGCAUCUUUGAAGCAAUGGGGUAUAAGCAUAUCCUUUGUGGGCAGUGGCUUAAAAGCCUAAAUCUUUAGCAAGCAAAAAAGGGUCAAGACAUACUCAAACUUGGCAAAAAUCUUUGCAGUGUUUUGCAAAUGUCAUAGAUGACUGGAAAAUUGCAUUUGUCCUCCCACUUCCACCCCUGGCCACCAUGGACUGAUGCAGUAGAUGGGAGGGGGCUUGUUGAUGGCGCAAAAAAAAAGAAGGCUGGCGGGCCUGCAGUUUCAAAAUAACUUGCUGCUUCCCUUGAUUGGCACUCUCUGGUUUCUUUUCAGACCUUGAAGGAAACUAGGGAUGGAAGAAGCAAGAGAGUGGCCACUCAUUCCACUGGCUCAGCUCCAUUUCUGUUGUUGUGCAAUUGCUGCUACUGCUGCCUGCCCUUCCUUUCCAUGGCUUGCACUGAUGGAGUUGCCUGACUGUCAUAGCUAUUCCGUGCGUGGUGUGUGGGGAAGGAAGUCAAUUCAAGAAAUGCUUCUUCCUCCAGUCCAAGCUUCCCUGCCAUCCUCUUCAAGCCUAUCAUUCUGGGAUUUUUCUCUGACUCCAGUUAGAGAGUCAGUUGAAGAGAAAACUGGAGCACAAAGUGCUCUGGUCUAUCCCAAAAUGCUACUUGGACGCUCAGGACUGGAGGAGGUUUCCUGUCACAAAACACCCUAUUGCAUCUGUAUGCCUUACCCUCUAUCUUGGAAUUGGUUAUAGUGUUCCACCAGAAGUGGGAUUCCCUCAAUACAAUGGAGGGCUAAAACAAAAACGUGAAACUAUUUUGCACUUGCAUUGUGUAAUUGUUGCUGCUGCAGCUGUAGGUUCUUCAGGAAGCCUUCAUCAAACCUACUAUAUUCCUUAAGAUAAAAAGAGCAUCUAAUUUUUUGUAAUGGAGGAGAAACUACAAGCACUGUGCUAGUUACAAUGCCUUGGCUUUCAAUAAGAUAGUGUUAGUUGGAGCUGAGAUUACCAGUGUAGCUUGAGGACCCACUUCUUGAGGAAGCAACAUCUCACCCACUUCCAUAGUUGCAGAAUCAUUCAUGUGAUUGACCUGCCUUUUCCUUGUGUAUUUCCUGACAAGGUAAAUGUCUGCAUGAACUUACUGGAAAUCUCUCUCCCAUUUCUCUUUCUCUCUACGUUUUUUGUUCCCUUAUUCUGAAAAUGCACUGAUGUUUGACUCUUGACUAUUGCAAAUUUGUCUUGAAGCACUUGAUCCUUCCCUGGGCAGGGGGGUUGCAGGAGCUUCAGUUCUGCCCAGUGCGUUCAACUCUGAGACUAGAAGAGGAUUCUUUUCUUGGGCUGUCUGUGUACUUUGAGUUAAUGGUAGUAUUAAUGAGCUUUGUGUGGCCAGGGUUGGGCCUCUGCUGUGUGAAGGUCCAGAGCAGAGUGAUGAGGAUCCCCCCCCCAUAAAAAAAAUAAAAACAAUUGCCUGUGUGUUCUA